AUGAAGCUGUUUCUUUUACUUGCGUUCAACGCUCUCAUUUUAUUCAAAAUUUUGGAUGCGAGGUUUUUCUAUGAAGCGUCCAAGGUUGAUGGUAACGCUGAUAGAAAAGCUUUGCUAGUGUUCAAGUCUCAAGUUUCUGCGAACAAUAGACUAGCCUUGGUCUCGUGGAAUGACUCUACUCCGUUGUGCCAAUGGGAAGGUGUUACAUGCGCCCGCAAACAUAAAAGAGUUACAGGUUUAGACCUGGGAGGGUUACAACUUGGUGGGAUCAUCUCGCCUGCUAUCGGUAAUCUUUCUUUCCUCAGAUCUCUUAAUCUUGAAGACAACUCUUUUGGUGGUACCAUCCCAAAAGAAGUGGGAAUGUUGUUUAGGCUUCAACAGUUGAAUAUGAGCUAUAAUAAUCUCAAAGGAGUGAUUCCAACAAGCCUGUCUAACUGCUCUAGAUUGGUGACACUAGAUUUAACAUCAAACAAUAUUGUAAACGGUUUACCGUCAGAGCUAGGAGGGUCGUUGUCUAGCCUUGAAAAUUUGUUUCUUAGUAAAAACAAUCUUUCAGGGAGGUUUCCAACAUCUUUAGGAAACCUAACAUCACUCAAAAAUCUUUUCAUUGCGUUUAAUAAUAUGGAGGGAGAGGUUCCAAAAACAAUAGGUAGAUUGACCCAGUUGAUAAGACUCCAGUUAUCAAUAAAUAACCUCUCCGGUGUUUUCCCACCAGCAAUUUACAACUUAUCCUCACUUAGGUAUUUGUUCAUUGCUGGAAAUCAUUUCUCGGGUAGUUUAAGUCCUGGUUUUGGAUAUAUGCUUGCAACACUUAGAGAGUUGGAAAUGCCGAUGAACUCUUUCUCAGGAGAUCUUCCAAAAACAAUAUCCAAUAUCUCGACCCUUAGAGCGCUAGAUGUUUCAGAAAACCAUUUCGCAGGAAGUGUCUCAGUUGACAAUAGAUUGUCUGGAAACAUCCCAGAGACAAUAGGAGAUUGUCUCUACAUGGAAGAAGUUUACCUUGGAGGAAAUUCUUUUGAUGGAGUUAUUCCAGAUAUCAGAAACUUGAGAGGACUUAAACAAUUUAACUUAUCAAACAACAAUUUUUCAGGCAACAUACCUGAAUUUCUAGCCAACUUUUCCUCGCUGGUGAAUUUAGAUCUCUCUGGUAACAGCUUUCAAGGCGCGGUUCCAACAAAAGGAGUGUUUCAACAUCCUGAAGAGUUUUCGGUGUCUGGUAAUAGAAAUCUAUGUGGAGGAAUCCCUGAACUGUAUAGAGUUGGAGGCUCAAUUCUUUUAUUAAACGUAAGAAAGGUAUUUAUCCAAGUAUACAAGUAG